CCCUCUGAUUGGCUGAUUCAUAAACGCAGUUCUAACGGCACCAACAUUCAAACUAGCAUUCUUGCCUGGUUGUUUGUGGAGGAGGGUACGUGUGUCUGUUGGUUCAAGUUUUAGCGGAAUUUUCAGGUUGUUAUAGGAGCCAUUGUUUUACAAUAAGACUCCGGAGUGAAUAUGGAAGGGUGCUCUGCUGAUGCGUAUACCUGGGAUGCCCCUUCUCAUGUUAUAGAGUCUAUUGAUGAUUUUGCAUUGGAUCCUCAGGAUAAUGCUGACCAGUGGUUUGAGUUGAAGGCAGCUCCUACAGAUGGCAUUGUGGAGCAGCUCACCACCCCUUUACGGACACAUCCUUUUGAUGAAACCCAUGAUACAGACAGAAUUAAAGCUCUAUCUCUUAUCAAAAAAGAUGAGGAGACAAGCUCAGAAGUCCAAGAAAGCACCUCAGCCGAGGUCCCAUCUAACAUAGUCACAUCAUGGGGAAAUGGCAGAACUACUGCAGCUCCUGCUCAGGGCCAGACAUCUCAACCACCUGGAGUGUCCAAACGGCCUGCACCUGGAAAUGCAAGGCCUACAACACCACCUCUUGUCAAGAAAAGACGACUAAGCUCAACAGGAGUUGUGCGACGCAGUGGUGCUGGUGCGAGGAGUAGUGUUCGGCUGAGAAAGAAAUCAGCCAUUGCUUCAAAGGCCUCAAAUACUGCUUCUGCCUCCAACAUACAACCGAAAAGCACAGAACAGCAAGAGUUGGAGCGCAUUGAGGCUUUACAGAAAGAGGUGGCAGAACAGCGGCGUAAGAACGAGGCGAGCUACAGGGCUGCACUGGCAGGCAGUCAGCCUCCUAAGAAACAUGUGCUCUCCACCACAAUUCCCAAAGAAUUUAAUUUCCACUCGGAUAGCAAGUUGAAGAACCACACGGAUGGAGGUUCUGCAGUUGACAACUCUUACAAAGAGAUGGAUUUCACCUCUCAGCUCCGCAAGCACCCAUCUUCCCAUCUGAAGGCUCCAAAGGGAACAACCAUUCCCAAGCCCUUCAACCUUUCCAGAGGAAAGAGGAAGCUUGAUGAGACGGUAGCCUACGUGCCAAUGGCCCAACAGAUUGAACAGUUUCAGAAACUCACUCCCACUCGCUAUCAUCUGCGUAGUAGGCAGAGCCAGGCAAGAGGGCCUUCACCAGUGAAGGCUGACAAGCUAAAAAUCACAUACCCCAAAACACCACAGCUAAUGACUAGCCAGAGACAUCGUCCCACAAUGGUGAAAAGCACCGCAGAAAUUGAAGCAGAGGAAAUACAGCAGUUUAAGUUCAAACCUCUAGAACUCAACAGAAAGAUUCUAGAAGGAGCUUUGGUUCCUAAAAAGCCGGAUAGCAAAGAAGUUACCAAGCCUGAGGGUUUCCAGCUGGAGAUUGAGAAGCGACUUCAGGAGAGGCAGGCAAGUAAGAAGCCCGAGGUAGAAGAGGACAACUCGUUCCAUCCCAGACCUCUGCCAACUCGAAUUCUGAAGGAAGUUGUGGGUGUCCCUGAGAAGAAGGUUCUGAAUCCUACUGUUCCAGUAUCGCCAGCAUUUGCUCUUAAAAAACGUGUGAAAAUGGAAAGGAAAAAAGAAGAGGAGAAGCCUCCUGCUCCAAUUAAGGCACUUGCUAUGCCCCACUUCCUACCCUUUCAGCCCAAACUGCCAGUCAAGAGCCAGGUAGAAAUGUGCCCUUUCUCAUUUGAGGAACGGGAUCGUGAACGUAGAGAAAUUAAGGAGAAGAAACUGGAAGAAAUGAGAAAUGAGGAGGUAUUUAAGUUUAAGGCCCAACUCCUUCCUGACUUCCAUGAAGUGCACCUUCCUGAUGUAAAGAGAAUAGAGCCCACCAAACCUGCUCCUUUCAAGCUGAAGGUUGAUGAACGAGGAGCUGCAAAGAGUGAACGCUGGGAGCAGAUGAUAAAGGAGGAGUUAAAACAACAGGCCGAAGCAGCGUGUUUUAAGGCACAACCAAACAAUGUAACGCACAAAGAACCAUUUGUACCGAAAAAGGAUAAUCGCUCCAUCUUGGCCAAUACUACUAAUUCUUCAGUUCCUGAGGGAUUCCAGUUGGCCACAGAACAGAGAGCCAAGGAACGUAUGGAGUUUGAAAAGGAGUUAAGUGAGAAGGAGGCGCAGAGGGUCCGUGUUCAGGCACAGUGGGCAAGAGAGCGAGAGGAGCAGGAAAAAGAGGAGAUUGCAAGGCUGCGACAGGAACAGGUGCGCAAGGCCCAGCCAAUCAGACAGUACAAGCCACUGGAGUUGAAAAAGAGUGACGUGCCUCUUACAGUGCCCCAGUCUCCAAAGUUUUCAAAUCGUUUCCGCUUUUAAAUGCGUAAUACAAUUACGUUGACUAAACUGUACAUAGUUUUAAUGUUUUUGGUCUUUCAUGUCUCUCUAUGAUGUCUAAACAUUUGAGUAGUUUUUAUCCAUCUCUGGCUGAUGCAUUAAGCCUUUGUGGUCAAGUAAAAAAUUUUACAGUUGGAUUUUGACUGCCCCAGCUAAUUUGUUUUAUUUCUUCUUACUUUUGUAUAUGACUUUGUUUUUCUGUUCCUUUCUUUUGAGACUUCUUCAAUAAAGGACAUUUUUUUUUAGUGCAAAA